AUAUUGGGUAAUUUUGAAUCUGGUGCUUUCAAAGGAUACCUUGUUUAUGUGUGUAGCCAGAAAGAUUUAUUAGCUUUUUAUUUCGGGUAUGUCACGUAUGCACUCUCAUCUUCGUCUUCUUUUUCGGCUUCUUCUUCUACGUCAGAAAGACAGUUUUGUACUUGAGCGCCAUCAAGUCGUACUUUUAUCUAACUUCAGCGCCUCCGGGCACGUGAAUAAAAGCACAAAUCUCAUUGGUUGGCCAAAUAAACGAACCCCUCAAUGUUAAAAAAAUGUGAUGCUUUGACACCACCCGUUCUAUGCCUGGGUGUGAACACUCCCAUUGACAGCCAUUGGGGCGUUAAACUGACUGUUUUUCGCGCUGCGAAAAUCGUCCCGGUGUGAAGAGGACUUUAGCCUUAAAUGCAGUUAGUGUCAAGGGAUUUCGGAAUCCUGGCAAUUCAAACUUAACGACUACCCUAUAUUCCUCCCUCAUUUUUUGUACUUUCCGAUUUGCAUUGAUAUUCAUGCUGCAACUAUUUUCCCGAGAUUUAUUUUUUUUCCCUUUCCUAGUUACUACAUUCCAACCUAUGUUGUUCAAAUUUCCCUCUCCUCCAAAUUUAUCUCACUUCCUGAAACAUUAUCACUUCCUGCCAUCUCUGCUCCAGUCACAGCUCAGUGCUGCCUCCCACUGUCCAUCUCCGUAGCCCGCGGUCCCACGAAACUAUUUCCUAGCACGUUUCAGAGCCCUGCUUGCCGAACCAGGCCUUGGUUUCGGACCUGGUUAAAUAUAAAAAAUUUCAGAGCUACAGCAGUGUAGUUAAAAAAGAGCAUCGUGACACUCCCUUAGACUUCUGUAGGUAUUGGAGAAUGUGGAAGUGACGUGUGUUGUGGGGCAACUGAUCAUUACAAACAAUGAAUAGUUCCAGCACUGAAUAGUUCCAAACACUGAAGAGUAUAUAGUUCCCCCAUUCAUUUCAAUGAUGCAGAGCAGAAGCCAUACAUCAACACUGUCCAGAAGCGCCACCGACUUCUCUGGGCUUGGUUUCAUCUGAGCUGGAGAGUAGCACAGAGGAACCGUGUUUUGUGGUCCGACGAGUCGACAUUUCAAAUAGUUUUUGGACAAAACAGCCAUCGUGUUCUCCGGGCCAAAGAGGAAAAGGACCAUCCAAGCUGUUAUCAACGUCAGGUCCAAAAGCCAGAAUCUGUCAUGGUAUGGUGGGUGUGUCAGUGCUCAUGGCAUGGGUAACUUGCACAUCUGUGAGGGCAACAUUAAUGCAGAAAGAUAUGUGCACAUUUUGGGGCAACAUAUGCUGCCAUCCACAGCAGGACAGCACCAAACCGCAGUCUGCCCGGAUUACGAGAGCAUGGUUGUGUAAGCAGAGAGUGCGGGUGCUAGCAUGGCCUGCCUGCAGUCAAGAGCUGUCUCCAAUUGAGAAUGCGUGGUGCAUUAUGAAGUGCAAAAUAAGGCUACGAAGGCCCCGUACAGUUGCGCAGAUGAAGAAAUGAAUAAUGGAUGAAUGGGGGAAAAUUCCACUUGCUAAACUUAACCAACUGGUGUCUUCAAUGACCAAAUGCUUAAUAAGUGUUAUUAAAAGAAAAGGUGAUGUUACACAGUAGUAAACAGUUGACUGUCCCAACGUCUUUGGAGUGUGUUGCAGUCAUCAGAUUUGAAAUGAGUGUAUAUUUUCAAAAGUAAAUUCACAAAGUAAAACAUCAAAUAAUGUGUUAAUAAUAUGUUUUCAAUAUAGUGCAGGGUGAAUUGAGUUUUUAAAUGACUCCUUUUGUUUUUUUUUUGUUUGUUUGUUUGUUUUUUUUGCAUUUUCCAUACUGUCGCAACUUUUUCAGAAUUGGGGUUGUAUAUAAAUUUAAUAUGUAAUGUGUUACAUUACUGUGUUAUCAGAAAAAGUAAUUAGAAUACAGUAACGUGUUAUACCCAACUCUGGUUGUGAAUCCUGAUAGUCUGGCAAGUUUAGCUUGAGUUUAGGUUGGGUUAUGAAUGGAAUGUAGAGAGGGUGGAGCUAAAAAGGAGACAUUUUUUUUCUCUCUCUGUUUUAAGUUAGAACGAAAGAGGAAGUAUUGGGAAGAAGCCAGUGAUCACUGUCCAUUUUAGGCUUUGUUUGGAUUCUAUUUUAGCAGGUUGAUAUACUGACAGAUAUACUUGACAAUGAUAAAGCAUUGCACUGGAUUUAGAGUUUCCUUGGUUGCACUAUAUGCAACAUCAUUCUAUCUAAAUUAUGUGGUGGGCAUACAGGUGACCUCCACAGGGCCACAAACAAUCAAGAAACCACAGGGAGCAGAAAUUAUUUUGGGCUGUACCUAUAGUGAGAGCCCAUCUGACACCGGACAGCUGGAUGUUGAGUGGUCCAUUGUCAGUCCAGACAUGACUCAGAAAGACAAGUUGAUCCUGUCUUACUCUGGGGGGAAGGAGUAUAAACUUGGUGACCCAGGAUUAAUGACUCGACUAAAGUUUGUGGGCGACCCCAGUCAAGGAAAUGCCACCAUUGUCAUCUCUUCACUAUGUGUCUCUGAUACAGCCACCUACCAGUGCAAAGUGAAGAAGCCACCUGGUAUAGACUCACGGAAGAUCACUUUAGUGAUACUUGUGCACCCCUCUGUGCCCAAAUGUUGGGUUAAAAAUGGUGAGGAGGUAGGAAGUACUGUCUCACUGUGGUGCAAAUCAUCUGAGGGUUCAACUCCUCUAAUCUACAAGUGGACAAAAGAGAAUGGUGAGGCAUUACCAUCCACAGCAUUCCAGAAUCCUCAGACUGGAGAACUACUGAUCUAUAACCAUUCACAGAGCUACACAGGGAACUAUGUGUGUGUGGUCAGCAAUGACGUAGGGAUGGAGCAGUGCAAAUACACAUUGAAAGCAUAUAAUCCAACCAGUAAGGCAGGAAUAAUUGCUGGGGCUGUGAUAGGUGCAUUGCUGCUUUUGCUCCUACUCCUAUUCCUAGUCUGGCUUCUUGUAUGCUGCUACCAGAAGCAACGCUAUGAAAAGGAAACUGCCAAUGAGAUCAAGGAGGAUGCUGCAGCACCAGAGAGCCAUCUUGGUAGCAGGCACUCUAGUUUCCGCUCCAUCAUGGGUUACCACCCCCAUCAGGGAGUCACCUACAGCUCAAUUAGGAACAGUAAACCAAGAAGGGCUGAUUCAAACUGCAGAAGCUUCAGUACUAACCAAGCACCAUCACAAGGCCCACUAAGAUACAACAGCAGAUAUGGGUAUCCUGUAUGAACACAGUCACCUUACCAAGAACAGAUCACUAUGCUGAACAGAUAAAUGGCACUUGGAUUGAACACUGCUAUGACAUCAUGGAUUUCCAUGCAACUGCUGGGUUUUCCCGCUGUGCAUUUCUCUGCGGCACCACCCAAAAUGUCUGAGUCCUUUUGAAGCGAUGUUGACACUGAUGUAUUUUGAAGUCAUUUAAUAUAUACGGUCCUGUGCAAAAAAAAAAAAAAACUGGGCCAAGUCCAAAAUGGCAAAACAUAAAGCUUUUAAUUGUUUUAACAACAAAACACUGGUUAGGAAAUUAGUAGGAAAUAAACAAAUAGAUAAAGUAAUUUAGUAUGGAAUGGCUUUUCCCUUUGAUUUCUUGCGGACAGCUUUUAACAGAAAGAAGAGUCAACAUUGUGCCACUUAGCUUUGAUGGCUUAAAACUGUGAGUAUUUGAAAAAUGUUUCCUGGCUAGUUUGUGUUUAAUGUGAGACCAAAUAUAAGACCUGCUUUCUGGCAACAGCA